ACCCCCACCCUCUCUCUCUCUCGCUCUAAAAGGAGGGGCGUCGUAGUUGCAGGAAAUCUGUCGUGAGUGGCGGAGCGAAGGAGAAAUUGGAGCAGAGGAGACAGUGAGUAGCCGCGGGAAUCACGAUUCCGCCAUGAAAAUCGCCACCUGAGAUCGUCAUAUUGCGGCCAGCCGGGAUUGAAGCUUUGGGUGAAGAGGAGAGAGGGAAGGAGAGGAAGGAGCUGCGAUGGUGUUGAGUCUCUGCCUGGGCGUACGGAGGGUGAGGCAGAUGCAGAGGGCCUUCAGGAACGGUAAGAUCACCGUCCUGUGCCUCCUCAUGACCGUCAUCGUCCUGCGGGGCACCAUCGGCGCCGGAAAGUUCGGCACGCCGGAGCAGGACUUCAACGAGAUCCGGCAUCAUCUGUCCCUCCGGAAGAGAUCGGAGCCCCACCGCGUGCUCGUGGAGGCUGAGGAGAAGAAGCCGGUCGCUGUCGAGGAGGACGAAGAAGAUCCGCCGCCGGAUCCGAACAAGCCGUACUCUCUCGGGCCUAAGAUUUCCGACUGGGACUCGCAGAGGUCCGAAUGGCUUGCUCGCCACCCGCAUUUCCCCAAUUUCAUCGCGCCCGGCAAGCCGCGCGUCCUCCUCGUCACUGGGUCGUCCCCGAAGGCCUGCGAGAACCCCGUCGGCGAUCAUUACCUCCUUAAAUCGAUUAAGAACAAGAUCGAUUACUGCCGUCUCCAUGGGAUCGAGAUCUUCUACAACAUGGCCCUCCUCGACGCGGAGAUGGCUGGAUUCUGGGCGAAGCUGCCGCUGAUCAGGAAGCUGCUACUCUCGCACCCGGAGGUCGAGUUCCUCUGGUGGAUGGACAGUGAUGCGAUGUUCACCGACAUGGUAUUCGAGCUGCCGUGGGAUCGGUACAAGGACUCUAAUUUGGUGAUGCACGGGUGGAACGAGAUGGUCUAUGACGAUAAGAACUGGAUCGGAUUGAACACAGGUAGUUUCCUACUGCGUAAUUGCCAAUGGUCGCUCGAUCUUCUCGACGUCUGGGCGCCCAUGGGGCCGAAGGGAAAGAUCAGGAUAGAGGCGGGGAAAUUGCUCACCAGAGUGCUCAAAGAUAGGCCCGAGUUCGAGGCCGACGAUCAAUCCGCAAUGGUUUAUCUCCUUGCCACUCAGAGGGAGAAGUGGGGUGACAAGGUGUAUCUGGAGAGUGCCUAUUACCUUCAUGGGUACUGGGGAAUCCUGGUGGAUCACUACGAGGAAUACAUAGAGAAAUAUCACCCAGGCCUCGGCGAUCAUCGCUGGCCGCUGGUGACGCAUUUUGUGGGGUGCAAGCCCUGCGGAAAAUUUGGAGAUUACUCGGUAGAACGAUGCCUGAAGCAGAUGGACAGAGCGUUCAAUUUUGGCGACAAUCAGAUCCUCCAGAUAUAUGGUUUCACGCACAAGAGUCUCGCGAGCAGGCGGGUGAAACGCAUUCGCAACGAGACUAGCAAUCCGCUCGAGGUGAAGGAUGAGCUCGGGCUGCUUCACCCAUCGUUUAAGGCCGUCAAGAAGCAGGCCGCGGCUUCUUGACUUCCGUUGGGGAGUUUGGUCCAUCCUUACGAUUAGCAUACACUACAGAGGUCCCUUUGUGUUCCCUGUGUUCUUUUGGGUUAGCUAAAUUAAUGGUCUUAUGCUCUGUCCUGGAUCAAUCGAUGGGAUGGUGUUGUGUUUAUUGUUCGCUUCGACAAAUGUAUUCUUUUUCGUAGCUUAGGAUUGGCAAUGCUAAAUCAAUCACAGUCCUCUGUAGAAGCUUUAUGAAACUUUUCAUUUUAGA